GAAAAGAGUCUUAAGUACUUUAUUAACUAUACAUCAAAAGAGAGAAAAAGACUUCCCAAGUCUCUUUACAUUGAUCAACUUCUCGAGAGAGAGAUAGAGAGAGAGAAUCUGAGAAGAGGGAAAGAGAGGAUUCACAGAGCGAAACCCACCAUGUCUCUGGGUUACGCAGAGAAGCUUUCGUUCAUAGAGGAUGUCGGUAAGGUUGGAAUGUCUGAGAUUUUCGACCCGCCUCGCGUUUUGCAAGAAAAAAUUGAAAGACUUGCCAUGAUGAUACGGAAGAGUAAGCAUCUAGUGGUGUUUACAGGAGCAGGAAUAUCUACUUCUUGUGGUAUACCCGACUUCCGAGGUCCCAAUGGUAUUUGGACACUUCAGAGGGAAGGCAAAGCCUUGCCUGAAGCAUCACUGCCAUUUCAUCGUGCAAUGCCAAGCAUGACUCAUAUGGCUUUGGUUGAACUAGAGAGGGCUGGUAUCCUAAAGUUUGUUAUUAGCCAGAAUAUUGAUGGCCUACAUCUUCGAUCUGGAAUACCGAGGGACAAACUUGCUGAAUUGCAUGGUAACUCCUUCAUGGAAAUAUGCCCUUCUUGUGGACUUGAGUAUUUGCGGGAUUUUGAGGUAGAAACUAUUGGAUUGAAGGAGACAUCACGGCGUUGCUCUAAUGUAGGUUGUGGCACAAAACUUAAGGACACGGUUCUUGACUGGGAGGAUGCAUUGCCCCCAAAGGAGAUGAAUCCAGCAGAGAAACACUGCAAAAUGGCUGAUGUAGUAUUAUGCUUAGGGACAAGUUUGCAGAUAACUCCUGCAUGCAAUUUGCCUCUAAAAUCUCUCCGUGGUGGUGGGAAGAUUGUAAUUGUGAAUCUUCAGAAAACUCCGAAGGACAAGAAGGCAUAUUUGGUGAUCCAUGGGCUUGUAGACAAGGUAAUGGCAGGAGUCAUGGACCUACUCAAUCUGCGGAUUCCUCCAUUUGUCAGAAUUGAUCUUCUCCAGAUCAUUUUUGCUCAGGCCUUCAGUUUAGAUAAAAGGUAUGUGAACUGGAGCCUCAGGGUAGCAAGUGCGCACGGGAAGAAAGCUCCAUUGCCAUUCGUCAAAUCUGUUGAGGUUUCCUUCUCAGAAUCACAAAACAUGAAAGAAGCUGUUCUACAUGAGCAACCACUUCAACUAAAAAGGAGAACAGUGAGGACAGCGGAACCAUUUGAUAUUCUGUUGAAACUGAACUUCAGUGAUGGUUGUGGGUGUUCAUGCACCCGUAUCAAGAUUCCAAUUGACUUUAAGGUCCCAAUGGACUGUUUUAAGCGUGACAAGGAUGCUGUCUUUCAGAAGCUGAGAGAGAGAGCCAUCCAAGACCUAUGCUGUGGGAAAAAGUCAGUUAUCGAGAGAGAGGCUGUCACAGACCCUGAAAGCGAGGUCACAGUCUAUGCAAUUGUAACAGACAUUAUUAGGUAUGAGAAAACUUCUAAAGCAUUUGAAGCUGCACCCUUAAGUAAUGGCACAGUGAAAAGGCAAGAUUUGGGUAUCAAUUGGAUUGAAACACCUCGGAAGCGACGGUGUAAGCAUAAAGUAGGAGGUAGACGGUGAAGUGGUAGUGAUUCAAGUUGUGUAAAUAUUUUUCUACCAAUUACUAGAACUAUGGAUGGUAAACAGAUGUUUGCAGAGACUGGGUGAAUUUUGCUAUGUACUACACUCAAGUCUCACCAGGCAUGGUAUGAAGAUGGAAUGUGGCUGCCAUAACCAAAAUUUUGUAGGUUAAAGGGAUUUGGGAAUCAUGCAUUCCAUGGUGGAAUCAUGCCUAUCAUCUCUACUCUUUUAUUUCUUUUGAUGAAAUAUAUCAGCCAGUUUUGUUGCAA